AUUGUUUGUUUAAAAAUUUAUAUUUUGUUUAAUAAAAUUAAAAUUAAUAGAUUAUACAAAUGAAAAGAAUGGAAAAAGAAAUCGAGAAAAUUCCGACAAAACCCACAAAUGAUAACAAUUCUGAUGCAGAGGAUGAGGACGAAGAGGAAAGGGUGGCCUUUGAGGGAGCAUAUGAUCCGUCAGAAUACGAGUCGUUGAACGUAUCAAAUGAGAUGAAAAGUUUAUUCAGUUAUAUAACACUAUAUUCGCCGCAAAUGAUUGAAUUGGAGACUAAACUCAUUCCUUUCAUCCCUGACUUUAUUCCUGCCGUCGGAGACAUCGAUGCCUUUAUUAAAGUUAAAAGACCGGACAAUAAAGAGGACACAUUGGGUUUGACUGUUUUGGAUGAGCCAAACGCCAAAUCACAAUCAGAUCCAACGCUUCUCAGUCUUAAACUAAAAGCCAUUUCGAAAGACAUUAAGAUUAUAGAAGAACCGGAAACGGCUGUAAAGACUGCGAACACUAACCGAGACAUUGAUUCAUGGAUUGACAAUAUAAGACAUUUACACGAAACAACUGCGAGUUCGUCCACUUCCGUCACUUUACUCCAUAGCCAUCGGCUCCCAGAUGUCGAGCAUCUGAUGCAAGAAUGGAGUGAAGAGUUUGAAAGCGCUCUUAAUGUUCACUCACUUCCAACACCUGAUCUCGACUGUAGUCUUGAAGAAUACAUUACUAUUGUUUGCUGUAAGAAAUUCACACUACAGUACUAUACUGUAUACGGCAUUACAAUUUUCUCUUAUUUGAUAGCCCUAUUGGACAUUCCGGUGCAUUCAUCGAAAGUGGCGUCUUUGCACCUGUUAUUCAAUUUAUACAAUGAAUUUCGUAAUUCACAGGUAAUUAUCAAUAUUUUCAAUGAAAUAAUGUAUUUUAUUUGUAAUAAAACUUCUAUUUAUUUAAACAAAAAUUUAUAG